AUGACUACCGAAUUCGAGGGAGUCGAAAAACGUCUUGAGAUUGUCUUCCGGAAAGAAGAAGAUAGUCUUAGAGAGGUGCUCACAGAAGAAGUUUGGCACGACAUUCUCCGAUCUAUAGACUGUUGGAUCGUAGAUAAGCUGUUGACGGCUUCCGUUGAUUCAUACUUGUUAUCAGCGUCUAGCCUUUUUGUGUUCGACGACCGGCUCAUCAUCAAGACCUGCGGUGAAAUAAAACUCUUUCAAGCUAUUACAAAGAUUCUUGGUCUCUCAAAACGAACACCAGUUGGUGUAAAGUUUACACGCGGCACCUACUUCUGGCCGGAAAGACAACCUGAGCCCCACGGAAACUUCCCGUCAGAGGUAUCAGAACUGAGGAGAAACUUUUUGGAAUUGGACGACACGGUGACUGCUGAGUUUGGUACGGACGAGAAACACAAGUUUCAUAUCUUUGCGGCAGCCGCAUCCGGCUCCUCUGUUUCUGAUGGUGUAACCGUCGAGAUUCUUAUGACGGGGAUUGAAAAAUCGAAAGCGUCAGUCUUCUUCAAAGAUAGUGGUAUACCUGGAAGCAUGACUUCCGCUUCUGGGAUCGACCAGAUCUUCCCGGAGUCCAGUAUCUGCGAUCACGAGUUUCCUACUUGCGGUUACUCCAUGAACGGGGUUGUUGGAAGCAACUCUGUUUACACCAUCCAUGUGACACCAGAAGAGGGCUUUAGUUUUGCAAGUUUUGAGGUGUGUGGUUGUGAAACACAUUCUUUGGAGAAGCUUGUUCAAAACGUCCUAUCAUGCUUUAACCCAUCUACAUUUACAGCGGUUUUACACACACGCUCCAAACUGGAAUUGCUCGAUUUGAAUAUCGAAGGUCGCAUAUGUAAGGAGAAAGAUUGUAAAAAUCUAGGCUCGUAUGGAACCAUGACUUACUUAAGUUUUUAG